ACUUUCCCCCAUCCUUAUACAAACAUCAAUGUUAUAUAAAUCUGUUUCAUUUUAUUCGUAUAGGAAUUUAGCCAUUGGGAUUGGCAUUCAGAAUUUUCCAGAAGGGUUGGCCGUCAGUCUUCCCUUGCACGGGGCAGGAUUUUCAACAUGGAGAGCAUUCUGGUAUGGGCAGUUAAGUGGCAUGGUGGAGCCCCUAGCUGGCAUCUUUGGUGCUUUUGCCAUGGGGCUAGCAGAGCCUCUCCUCCCAUUUGCUUUGGCUUUUGCUGCUGGAGCAAUGGUGUAUGUGGUGAUGGAUGAUAUCAUCCCAGAAGCACAGAUCAGUGGCAAUGGGAAGCUGGCUUCCUGGACCGCCAUCUUAGGAUUUGUGGUUAUGAUGUCCCUGGAUGUAGGACUUGGAUAAUAAGAAAUAAUGCCUUUUUUCAAAUUGAAAAUGCAUCAAAAUGCAUCAAAACAGGAGAAAUUGCACAGCAGAAAUUGCAGCUGGACUAUUAUAUUUUACAUUAUUGUGUGGAACUGAGCUGGUAUUGAUUUAAUUAUAUUUAAACUUGUCAUAAUAUAUAUGGAGAUGAUCUUGGGAA